AUGGCAACGGAUCCAUCAUCAUCACUCAGCAACCAGAAUGUAGUUGGCCAACAGCUGGACAUGAGCUCCAAUGACGUGUUAAAACUAAACACGCUGUAUAACUGCACAUCUGCAGUCACAUUCCUAGAGACAUGCAGCUUUGAGGACAUCCAGGAGUGUGGUAUGACCCUCUCUGCCAGUGGCAAUGCCAGCUGGGAGAGAGUGGGCAGUGUCCAAGAGGGGCCAAACUCAGACCAGACCAAGCUGGGUCCUUUAUGUGAUACUGAUCCAGUGUCUGUGGAUAACAGUACCACGUUUCAAAAUGCUAUCAAGGAGGCUGAUGACAUCGCGGAUUCCCAUCAGACCAACUCCUUGAAUGCCCUACCCCUUGAACCUCCACAUAAACGAAGGGUUCCAAGGAAUACCGUUUUGAACAAGGACAAACUAUGGGACCUUCCCGUCCCCUAUGUGCUAGAAGAAACCCUUGCUUUGAAUGCAAAAGGAAUCAUUAUGCGGGCCUUUGAGCAGUUCAGACUAAAAUCAUGCGUCAACUUCAAGCCCAGAGGCUCUGAGUAUCACUUCAUUUCAGCCCAGAAGAACAGAGGGUGUUCCUCCCACGUAGGGAGAUCUUCCAAGUAUGGACAGCCUCUUUCCAUUGGAAAUUACUGUGAUCAUAUUGGCAUUGUGGAGCAUGAGUUUCUACACGCUCUGGGAAUCUGGCAUGAACAGUCCAGAUAUGACAGGGAUGAAUAUGUGACCAUUGUUUGGAAAAACAUAAGAUGUGGUCAUGAGAGGAACUUUGUGAAAGUCUCUCCCCAUUAUUCGACCACCCUGGGUUUCCCAUAUGACUACAGCUCGGUGCUGCAUUACAGUGAGACAUCAUUCAGCAAGGGAAAGGGACCUACAAUCAUCACUAAGCAACCUGAGUACCAAAAGAUUAUUGGACAACGCCUUGAAAUGAGCCCACAAGAUGCCUUGAUGCUGAACAAGCUAUACGGAUGCAAAAAAUCUAUUUCGUUUAUGGAACAUUGCAACUUCGACAACCAGAGAUUGUGUGGGAUGAGUCGCUGCACCAAGAGUUUGGUAGGUGGCUGGAAAAGAAUGAAGACUGUCAUUGGGGGGCCCUAUUCUGACUUCACCAACCUGGGGAAGACAGACGGUACUGGUUUCUUCAUGCAUGCCAGCACAGCAUCAGGCCAGGAGGGGGACACAGCCCGGCUGGAGAGCAGGGAGAUGACUCCCAGCAGGAAGUGCCGUGUCCAGUGUCUGCAGUUCUACUACUACCACAGUGGUAACGAGUUAGACCAGCUCAACAUCUGGAUCAGAGAGUAUCGCGAUGAGAGAGACCCUAUAGGAACUCUCCGCCUCAUGGGACAGAUCACAGGUUCCCCAGGAUCUCACUGGAUGCCCUACCACGUGCCCCUGAAUGGCACCAAAACCUUCCAGGUGGAGUUUAAGGUGCGUAAAGGAGCAGGACAGUCUUCAGGUGGGUUUUCUAUCGAUGACAUCAACCUGUCAGAGACAGAAUGCCCUCAUCACACCUGGCAGAUUAGAGACUUUGAGAAUCUUUUAACCACCAGUGACUUUAACACCGUUGUGUACAGCCCCAGAUACUACUCCCCAGAGGGCUAUGCCUACCAGAUUGCCAUUUAUCUUCGUGAAAUGUCAUUUGGAGUCUAUAUGCGCUUAGUCUCAGGAAAGUAUGAUGACCAACUCCAGUGGCCUUGCCACCAUCGACAAGUGACGAUUCAACUGCUGGACCAGAAUCCCCACAUUCAGCAACGCAUGUCCAAGCAAAUCAGCAUUACCACUGAACCCUCACUUCAGGACGGUAAGAGAAAUUUAAACAUUCAAUACGAGUGUGUCCAAAACACAAUCGAUUAUAACCAUGAUUCCUGGAACAAUCCCCGUAAAGUCGGAAUGCUAGAAAACAGGGGUGAUGAGUCCUUCUACGUAAACCCUGCAGUUGGCUACUUAAAAUUCCUAACCUUGACGCACCUGAAGCAUAGAGAAUUCCUCAAGGGAGGCAACAUUUUCUUCCUCAUCACCAUGCAAGGUAUGAUCAUCAUCGUGAUCGUCCUGAGUUGA